AUGCGUAGUAAAGUUAAACGUAGAUUUCGUGCAAUUAGAAGAGAGAAAAUUUAUGAACCAGUUGAUAAAGCACGUUUAGAACAACUCGCACUUGGAGAACUUGGAUUAAAAUCAAUGGAUACUGAUGAAAACAAAGAACCCAAUAAUAACAUUAAUAAUAACAUUAAUAAUAAUAACCUUAAUAAAAUUAAUAAUAAUACUUCAAAUAAUAAAAAUAUUUCAAAAGAAUCAAUAUCGACAUCAUCAUCCUCAUUAAAUCAAGAUUCUAUUGGUGGUGAUGGUGAUGAUAAUAGUAUGGAAAUUGAUUUGAAAAAGAUUUCCACAAGUGGACCAAGAUCAAAUGUCCAUACUAUAAAUGUAUCUAAAGACCUUACAAAACCUGGUCAUGGUUAUGUUUACCGGAAUAGUUUUUCAUGGUAG